UGGCUUAUCGAAGUUAGCGACAGCAUAUUGAAUUGAUGGGCUGAAUCUAUUUAUUUGUUAAAAGAUGAUAAUUCGAAAUACAACUUUCGCCUUUUCAGAGCCUUUUCUAUAAAAUUUACUACAGUAAGACUUUUUUCAACAAGUUUACUUAACGAAAUUCUUUCAAAAGUAUCGAUCUUGCACCAAAAGUCAUAAAAUGUUGAAAAGACACAUGGCAAAUACGUCACUAUCUCAGUUGCAAGAUGGCGAACGUUCGGGAUAGUGACACAUCUUUGUGGCUCCACAAUAAACUCGGUACAUCGAAUGAUUCGUGGACAAGUGGCUCAAUUUGUACGCAAUUAAAUGCUGAAGUGCUGAAAAAUAUAAAGGAUUGUUUUCCAGACUUGCAAACACAAGUGAAAUUGAAAUUAUUGCUAAGUUUCUUUCAUAUCCCGCGCAGAAAUGUUGAGGAGUGGCGAAAUGAACUGGAAGAGAUCAUUGAAGUGGCGGCUGUCGACUCAGACUUAUGGGUUGCCAUGCUGGCAGAAACCCUCAAGACAUUCCCCUCAGCAGGCACCCUUAAUACAGAGAUAGCAGAGUUUGACGAGACCAGGCCGAUAUUCAGCGAUAUGAUCAGUGAACUUAGGAGAGCAUUAGCUAAACAUUCAGAUCUGGGAUUAUUGCCGCUGGAGUGCUUGUACUUGAAUAAAAAUGCUUUAGUUUCUGUGGUGGGCCAACAACCGAAUCCAGUAAAGCAUUUCACGUUAAAACGCAAGCCUAAAUCAGUAGCAUUGCGGAGUGAACUGCUCGCAAAGGCUACUGAGGUCCAAGCUAACCAGAAGAAGGCGCAAGCACCAACCGUACCAGUCAGAAGCCGAGGGAUGCCUAGGAAGAUGACUGAUACUACCCCGCUGAAGGGCCUGCCGUCGCGCUGGGCGCGCGGCGCGGGCGGCGGCUGGCGCGGCGCGGCGCGGCCCCCGCCCCGCGCCGGCAUCAAGCUGCUGGACAUCGCCGAGCAGCCCGCCACGCACGCGCAGAUCAAGAAGCGCAGGAAACUCGAAAUGGAAGAGGGCGCUAAGAAGGCAGCCGCCGCGGCGCCGUCCUCCCCCGAGUACAACAAGAAUCUCGACAACUACGGACUGCCGAAACCCGACGAGACGGCUAACGCCGCGGCCAGUACGACGGAGCCCGCCGCGGCCCCGUCCCCCCCCCCGGCAGACGCCAGCUCGCCGGCCGCCGCGCCGCCCGCGCCCGAGCGGGACCCGCCCAGACCUGCCCCGCUGCUCGUGCAGCAGGGCACAGGAGCGAAGCCGAUAGUCCUGGGCCAGCAGCCGAAGCUGUUGAUCACGGGGCAGCCGGGGGCCAAGCCACUGCUGCUGUCCACGCAGAACCUGCUCAACACGUCCACCGUCAUCCUGCAGCCCGGCGGCAAGGCUGUGCUGCUGCAGAACAUCAAGCCGAUGGCACAGACUGUACAAGUACAGCAGACGCCGCGGUCGGUGUUGCCCACAGUACACACACAACCUCCACUUCAACAAAUUGCGCAGCCGGUGCAGCUGGCGCAGCCGGCGCAGGCGGCGGCGGUGGCCGCUGCGCCCGCGCCGCCCGCGCCCGCCGCCGCGCAGCCGCUGCUGCCUAGGAGGGGACUGUCGCUCACGCGAGAACAAAUGUUGGAAGCGCAAGACAUGUUCCGCAACGCGAACCGCGUCACGAGGCCGGAGAAGGCGCUUAUACUUGGCUUCAUGGCUGGCUCCAGAGACAACCCUUGUCCAAACCUUGGCAACAUAGUGACAAUAAAGCUAUCAGAAAACAUCGAGAACGUUCUACAAUCAGACGACACCUACCUUACUAUGCUAUCCGAAAUGCAUUUCCAAAUGAACUACAACAACGGACAAUGGACUCGACUCAAAAAGUACAGGCACAUAGAUGGUAUGGUGCCACAGAAAAUACCCCCAGGAUCGACAGUUAUAUCGACCAAUAACCAGCAGCCAAUAGUGUCGAUAGCCAAUCAGAGUGUUAGUUAAGUGUAGUGACAUCUAGUGCGGUUCGUGACAAACAGUGAAUCAAUGCGUGUGAACGUGAAAAGUUGGAGUAUAUUGUCCUCUCAUCUCAUUUUGUAAGUGUUUUCUAUGAUUUAUAUUAGAAUUUUGGCGCUGAGUAUACGUUGGGGUAUUAGAGAGAUAUGACCGCGCUUGAUUUCUCUACCACAUUGUAACGUUGCGUCUAUGGACAGCUUACUAAUUGUCUAUGGACGCGGCGACAGUAGUCCACCCUAAUGCCAAAACGAAAAAUGUGAGAGGCUACGUGAGAUUCCCUCUCGAUCGCCAUAGCUGGCGGCUGCUGCCACGACUAACAUGUAAUUAAACCCCAAUCUUGGGGGUCACCCUACGGGUUGCGUCACCCUACGGGUUACCGCCGUCCCACUACUUUCUGCGGGUCCCGCUCUCCAGCCG